AUGCGAAAAUGUAGUUUUUAUGAUUUACUUUAUUCUUCUCGUGAAAGAAUGCACGAAACUGCUUUGAACUUCGUUUCCUCCCGAAACUAUUACGAACAAGUGUUUUUCAUUCCAACUGGCAAUUUUAUGUUUCAGCAUGCGGAGUGGGGUGGGUUGAUGAGAUAUAAUAAAAGUCGUAGUGAAAUAUGUCAGACUUUAUCAAGAGUUUAA